GUGAGGUCGGAAAACUCUCACAAUUCACGCACUCAUUGAUUAUAUCUCUCAUACACGGCACUCCUCAGCCCCCGCAGUCCAGCCCAGCUUCCAUCUCCACUCUCUUCAAUUCCGCACAGCCAUGUUCUCUACCAGGCAGCUAUUUGCUCAGGCCCAGCGCCGCUCCUUCUCGGUAUCAUCCCGCCAGGCGUCCAAGGUGACGGUGUUGGGUGCCGCUGGUGGCAUUGGUCAGCCGUUGUCGCUGCUGUUGAAGCUCAACCCACGCGUCAGCCAGCUUGCGCUCUACGAUAUCCGCCUAGCUCCCGGCGUCGCCGCCGACGUUGGCCACAUCAACACCAAGAGCGAGGUCCGGGGAUAUGAUGCAACCCCCUCUGGGCUCGCCGAGUCACUCAAGGGCACCGAGAUCGUGCUGAUUCCGGCGGGCGUGCCUCGCAAGCCCGGAAUGAGUCGUGAUGACCUGUUCAACACCAACGCCUCCAUUGUGCGAGAUCUGGCCAAGGCCGCCGCCGACCACGCCCCCGAGGCCAACAUCCUGAUCAUCUCAAACCCGGUCAACUCUACCGUCCCCAUCACCGCCGAAGUCUUCAAGUCCAAGGGCGUCUACAACCCGAAGCGCAUCUUUGGCGUGACCACCCUCGACGUCGUCCGCGCCUCCCGCUUCAUCUCGCAGCUCAAGGGCACCGACCCCGCUAACGAGAACAUCACGGUCGUGGGCGGCCACUCCGGCGCCACCAUCGUCCCCCUCCUCUCCCAAUCCGGCUACAACCUCUCUGGCGAGCAGCUCGAUGAGUACGUCCGCCGUGUACAGUUUGGAGGUGAUGAGGUGGUGCAGGCCAAGGCUGGUGCGGGAUCCGCUACGCUUUCCAUGGCCAUGGCUGGUGCGCGCUUCGCCGAGAGCUUGCUCAAGGCCUCGCAAGGCCAGAAGAACGUCAUUGAGCCCACCUUUGUCGAUUCACCGCUAUACAAAGAUAAGGGCUGCGAGUACUUCGCAUCCAACGUUGAGCUCGGCCCUAACGGCGUCGAGAAGAUCCACCCUGUUGGCAAGAUCACCGAUUACGAGCAGAAGCUGUUGGAUGACUGUCUGUCAGACCUCAGCAAGAACAUCGCCAAGGGCGUCGAGUUCGUCAAGCAGAACCCGGGCCAGUAAAUCAUCAAUCCCACAAAUAUGAGGGUGUACACUAGCCACGACGUGAGUAAUGAUGGGGUAGGGGGAGGGAGAUCUAGUAGACAAUCUGCGGUGGUCGGGUGGUGAUUUGGCUUUCCAACGCACGCAUGCAUUGUAUUACAGGUCUAGUCAAAAUCCCUUGUGGCACUUGGAAACUGGAACUGGACUGGACUGGCGCCGGACACCCGGGGGUUUUUCUCUCUGAUCUGAUCUGGAUUCUGCGUGAAGGGAAGGCCGAAGUCAAAUCCUACAUGCAUGCAUCCCAUGACAACCUGGUAGAUUCCUCGGUCCCUAUUUUCUGUUCUGUAUCCGUACCUUAAAAAAUAUACUCCCUCUUCCCUCUCUCCCCUCUAGAUCCUUUUCGUUUAGUGGCUAGCUUUCUCGAGUGACGGGUGGAGGUAGGAGAAUGCUCACAUGCAUUCCACACUGCAUUGUUCUCCCACGGACUCACGGGUAGGUAAUAGCAGACUACUCGU